AUGGCUCCAGCCACUACACGCACGAAGCAGAAACUGAACAAGCCGACGAAGCCUGCCAAGGAGCCUAAGAAGACGACCACUAGACUGAUCCCCAUAACGAAGGCCAAGACAGCAGUCACCAAAUCAACUCCCAAACCAAUCGCCGCCCUCGCUCCCAGAGCAGAAGGACCACCGGAUCAGCAACUUGCCUCCAGUCUAAGUUCCCACAAGGCGACUCCAGCGUUGACUUCCACUUCCAGCAAACCCAAGGGCAUAUCGUCCAAGUCAGACCCAAACAUUUCACUGAGAAUGGAUACCUCUGCGAGAAACGCCAAGAAACAGAUGGUGAGAAAGGAUGUCGCUCGUGCCAAGGAGAGAUCCAACUCGCCAUUACCGCUGGCCAGAGGAUCGACAAAUGAGACAAAGACACUCGCGUCCGCAAACGGAUUGGGGAUGGGAAUGAGGGAGUAUAUUAGAAGGAUGAAUAGCAAAACCGCAUCGUCGAUGACCAGAACACAGCACACUAGGCGUAGGAACAACGCGGGUGAUGCCGAGAGAACCUCAAGGGAAGAGGAUGUGGAGAUGGUUGAUCGCAGGGGUGAUGGAGAAAGUCAACAGCAAAGGAAGAAGCAGAGGGAGAAAGCACAGCAACUGCACAUGGCGCAGGGGAAGCCCGGGGACAAACUGCAAAAGAGGGGACAGGAUAAGGAGGAGGAGAAUGAUGAUGAUGAUGAUGAUGAGGAGGAGGAGGAGGAGGAGGAAGAGGAGGAAGAAACCACUGGCGACGUUAAUGAUCUCCACAUGGACGACGGGGGUGUCCAGGCUGAUGGAGACGGAGAUGUCUCGAUGGAGGAGGCAGACAAUGACGAGAAUGGUGGACAGAAAACGCUCGAUGAUGAAAUCGAUGAUCUUGACAUGGACGACGGCAGUGUCGAGGUGGAUCGAGAGGGCAAUGUCACAAUGCAUGAUGGGGAAGAUGGGAACCAAACGCUUGGUUUUUCCUUUCAACAAGAUCUGGACGAGGAUGGGGAAGAUGCGGAUAUGGAGGAGGAGAUUGAAGCAGAACCUGAAGAUACGGAUAUGAUUCCCGAAAGCGAGAGGGAAGAUGAAGGCGGCGAUGGCGGCCAGUUGGGUGUUGAGGAAUGGGGCGAUGUGGAACGGGGUGAAGUCGCAACGCCAGGGAGUGCAAUUGAUGAAGGAGAGGACGAGGAGGAAGUUGUGAAAGAGGAGGACGAGGAAAGCGAGAAUGAGCCAGAGAUUGAACAAGAGUGGGCAGCCGAUGGAGGGGCCGAAGGCGGAGAGGGAGGAGGUGAGGAAGGAAGAGCGGAUGGAGAAGAAGGUCGAGAGAUGGAGGAGAAGGGAGAUAGCGAGGAAGAAGAUGAAGAAGAGGGAGAUGACGAAGGAGUCGAGAAGGAAGGAAGCGAAUACGAGGGUGAAGAGAUCGAGGUUGAGGAAGAAAGUACUGGAGAUCCGGCAGAUGAAAAUGCAAGUGCAGACGCAGAUCCACCUGCACCUGCACUUGCACCAGCACAUGCUGAAGAGGAGGUCACGUCAACCGGAGAGGAAGUAAACAACGACUUCGCAACAAAAACCCCGGCACCAACAGCGGAAGAAGGAGAGAACACUCGAAUUUACAACAAAGUCAAGGAGCUGAUUCAAAACGUCCCAUCAAGGCACUUCGUCUACUGCAGAACGCUCGACAAGGAUGAUGACAGAAAACAUCUGGCCUUCAAGGCUUACGAUGUUCAGGGGAACAUGGAAAGGUUCAACACGGAGACUUUGCAGAACAGCGCGGAGCACCUUGGUAGGCUCAUUGAAAUAGCCAGGGGGAUUUAUGAGAAGGAAAACGGCUGGGAGUUUGGCCAUCUCAAGCGUGACUGUGCCUUCCCGAUGCCUGCACAGGUGCAAGAGAGAAGGACCGAGAAGAAGAAAGGCACGAAAGCAAAAAAGGAACAAGAGCCAACACACAAAGGCCUUGUCACGAUUGCUGAUAGUGGUACUUGGGAAGAUGAUGAUUCUAAUCAUGGGAGGCAAUGGGCCAGGUAUAUCCAGGAUCUGGCGAACGAGGCUGCAGAUAUCCUAGGGCCGUCACCCACAGUCAGAUUCAAGCCACAUCCAGAGUUCAUGUGGGUAUGGACGGAGAAGAGUUUGUUUCCUGACUACGACUUAAGGCUAAACAAUCCACCCGAGAAGUAUGCUGGCAGACUGCUGGUCAUUCUAGCCGGUCUCGAGCACCAAGACGGCGAGUUUGCGUUCAGCUGCGAGAACAGGUGCCAUUACUUUGAUCCAAAGACGAAGCCAUGCCUCAUUGCCACAUUGGGUGAGAGUGGGGCCUUUGUCAACACGCUUCCUCUGACCUCUGGCUACCGCAUUGGUUUAGUAUACCAACUGCAUUUCACCAACAAGGAAAUGAUAAAACAGAAUACGGCCUACAAUACAGUCAAGUAUCUCAACGACUACGAGAAAAGAUUUCUCGACGGGCUCAAAACAUGGCGUAACAGAUUCCAAAACCAUGAGGCCAGCAAGCAAAAUGGGAUUCACUGGAUGGUAUAUUAUAUCCUGAAGAAGCAAUCACUUGAUAGCCCCAAAGCAUUCGACCCGCCUGCCGAUCUGACCCCGGCGCAGAAACUGCAGCUGACCUGGCUUUACAAACUUUGCGGACAAAUACCAGGGAAGCGCAUCGGAGAUAAAGUUUACAACGAGCCGCUACUUGUUGAUCUGGCGGUACUCUCUUGCAGAACUUAUGAAAAGAAGAAGAAGGAUGGGAAAACUGGGGAGCGUCCGGGAUUUGAACUUGAAUGGACGGCAGAUGCGGAUUGUAUUGAAAAUGAUGAAUGGGAGCCCGACGACAGCGCGGAUGGAAUAGAGGUAAAGGCUGAGGAAAUCAUCAACUUUGAUGAUUUCGGGUCGAGCGGUAAAGAUCAGUAUCUGUGCUUCAGGCUGAACAUCGCCUAG